CCACAAUCUAGAUAUGAAUGGUAUAAAUGUUCCAAUACUACCUACUCGAGGCACCUAAUUGCUGAUCUCAGAGCUUCCGUAUAUUUUACUUAUACGACUUGAAACGCACUUGUACAGACGGCAAAUAUUGCAAGCUAACCGUUCACAAACGUGAACUUCUAAGCCCAGACUUGAAAACAUUAAGAAAGCGUAUAAAACGCAUACCUAUGAACAGGUGGGACACUUACUUUUAAACGACAAGUACCUACAUCUAUGAAACCAUGCCGCGAACCAAUCAGGGGAUCGCUCUGGAGAAGGCCGCAGUGCGCGCCGAGCAGAGGAACGUAGCGCUCAAGCAAGAGCAGAACCAGAACCGCAAGAGCCCUACCCCGGGCAUGUCCACCCCGGCGUCGAGCUCCUCGCACGGGAUCUUCGACCCGCACGACUUCAAGCCGCCCUUCCAGGCGUACCUGCAGCGGUCGUGCAGGCGGGAGGCUGAUGCCAAGCGCUUGAAGAUGGAGGAGUGUCUCGAUAUGGACCUGGUGAAGAAAGGCUCGUUCUUGUAUAUGAGCAAGCACUAUAAGGAGGAGGUUGUGAACUGGUGCGAGUUUGCUGAAGAGCAUCAGAAGUCGACGUUUUAGUUAGAUGUUGUUAGCUGUUAUCGUUAGGAUACAGAGAGAGCUGCUUACCCGUGGUGGUUUUGGGAAUCUACUGCACUUUGGGGGUGUUUUUAGCCAGGCGUUCCGGCAACUAUUAGGUUUAGGAGCGACGGUAUACUUUAGAGUACCUAGGUAGGUCAUAAUUGGUCUCAUAAUCUUUGGUACCUUAGUAGCUAAUAUAUGAACUACUUUGAAAACUUGAAUGGGGUACUUCUCUCCUUUAUCCUCAUUUCAGGGGAACCUGAUCACUUCGAAGUCAAAGACA